AUUGACACAGGCGGGCACCCGUUUAUAAGGAGAGGUGGGCACCAUGAGUCUCAGGGAACGAAAUAAGAUGCCCAACUAUCCGUUUUGGCUUGGAGGCGUCGCGGCAUCCAUGGCCGCAUGUUUCACGCAUCCCCUUGACCUGGCCAAAGUGCGCAUGCAGAGUCUGGGUCCUACUGUACCAAGUCCAUCUAUGCUCAAAAUCUUACGCAACUCGAUAUCCAACUCUGGACUGCGUAGUGUUUAUACCGGUCUCUCCGCAUCGCUUAUGCGUCAAAUGACCUACUCGCUCGUCCGUCUAGGCAGCUACGAGGAGAUGAAACGCCUCAUGUCCGAGAAUGGUCAAUCCCCAUCCGCGGGGAAGCUUCUCCUGGCAGCUGGAGUGGCUGGCGGUUUGGGAGGAAUCGCAGGAAAUCCUGCAGAUAUUCUGCUGGUUCGAAUGACCAGUGACUCCAUUCGUCCUCCGGAAAAACGCUACAACUACCGCAACGGUAUCACUGGGCUCAUCUCAUUAGUGAAGGAGGAUGGCCGGAAAGGUCUUGCACGUGGCCUCGGAACAAACACAACCCGAGCAGUUUUGAUGAAUACAUCACAGGUUGGAUCCUAUGACUUUUUUAAAACCACUCUCUUGCAAUACCCUAUACCCUUGGUCAACUAUCAAUUCCAUGACGGUUUCUUCUUGCACGUAGUUGCAAGUCUUGCAGCCGGAACAUGCGGCACGACUGUAUGCUCUCCUGCUGAUGUCAUAAGGACAAGGAUCAUGGGUUCUUCCGGAAAUGCCAGCCCAAUAGAGGUCCUGGUCCGUUCCUUGCGCGAGGAAGGUCCCGCGUUCAUGUUCAAAGGCUGGACGCCCGCUUGGAUGCGUCUUGGCCCAAACACCGUCCUGAUGUUCGUCUUUUUCGAGCAACUGAAACGCGGCUGGUCCUCCUUGGUCACCCCGUAAUCUUCAUCCAAUUUACCUGCAUAUCAUGAGGCACACAAUUACUUGUAUCCACAAGUUGUCGGAUUGGCGCUUGGACAUCCACAUAAAUACCAUUAAGACGUUAGAUGAUGUCCUAGACAUAUAAUGUUGGAUACCUAUCACUUUCGCUCUCUCUGUACACUCGUGUAUUAUUAUCUACUGAGGUGGAGUUCAUAACUGCUUACUACCUAUUCGUUCUUACAAUAGCUCGCCUGGCGGACUCUGGUAUGUUAUAUAGAACACCUACGAAGAUAAGGACAAACUUAGGACCUGUAAAUUUUCUGAAAUCACUUAUGUGGUACCGUUGCGCAUGCAAGCCAAUUGGGGA